AUGAUGCUCGGCCAGCGAGCAAUGGACGCCGACUACAACGCGACGCACGUCGCCGACGACGAUCCGUCGGCCGACACGCCGCGCUCUGCCGACCUCCUGCACGCCGUCAGCGUCGGCGGCGCGCUGUGCAUCGUCAACGUCAUCAUCGUCUUUGGCAACGCGCUCGUGCUGUACGCGCUCUACAAGUGCCCGCAGCUGCAGACGCGCACGAACGCUCUCGUCGCGUCGCUCGCCGUCGCCGACUUCGUGCUAGGCGUGACCGUCAUACCGUUCCAGACGGGCAACACGAUGUUCGCCUACUGGCCGUUCCAUCCGACCUACUGCCAGAUCCACGGCUCGUUCGACGUGUUCAGCACGACGGCGAGCAUCCUGCACAUCUGCCUGAUCGCCAUGGAACGCUUCGUCGCCAUCAUCACGCCGAUGAAGUACAACAUGUAUGUGACGGAGCGCACGAUUCGCGUCUCGCUCGUCAUCGCGUGGAUAUUGUCGGCCGCCAACGGCACGGUCAUCUUUAUCCCGAGCCUCUGGCACGACCCCUACUACGACUUUGUGUACAACGAUCCGAACCUGUGCGCGCUGAUGCUCGGCAAUCCGUACGCGCAGAUCGACAGCGUCUUCAUCUACUUCCUGCCGAUGACGAUCGUGCUCAUCGCCUACGCGUGCAUCUGGUGGGCGGCGUGGAAGCAGACGCGUCGCAUCCUCAUGCGCUCCGAGUACGUGGACAGCAACAGCGGCGGCGGCGGCGGCGGCGGCUCGCAGCACACCGUCACGCUGCACCAGCUCGCUGAGAUGAAGGCGACGCGCACGCUCGGCAUCGUCAUACUGGCGUUCGUCGGCUGCUGGCUGCCCUACUUCAUCCUGACGCCGCUCGAGGCGAGCUGCCACUGCGUCAACGAUAAACUCUACCUGAUCGCCAUCUGGCUCGGCUACGCUAACUCGGCCGCCAACCCGAUCAUCUACUCGAUCUGCAAUCAGGGGUUCCGCGACGGCUUCAAGCAGAUACUCGGCUGCCACGCGGGCGUCAUGAACACGCUGUAG